AUGCCCUGGCAGCCUCUCCCCCGGAUCGCCUUCGCCGUCGCGACCUACCCUUUCACAGCCGCGAGCCCGGCCGAUCUCCCCCUCGAAAUCGGCGAUGAGCUCUACAUAAUUGAAGAGACGCCAGACGGCAACUGGCUGCGCGGCUAUCUUGUUGCUCCUCCCAGUCUGCUUGCUGGCCUAACCUCCGUCAAGGGGCAGACGCUGGAAGCUCGCGUUUUCAGUGGCAUCUUCCCGAGAAGUUGCGUGGAAGUGCGAGAGCUGCUUGGCGAGGCCGACGAUAGACACGAUGAGGAUUUUGCGAGCGACAGCGGCAUUGAUGACCGCCCGGGUAGCGACUCUGCCAAGAGUGGUAUCAUCGACGGCAUAGAGUCGGAUCAGGGACAAGGCCGGGACAGGAAGCAUGACUCAAGUCAGUGGAAGAAGACUCUGCGAGACCUUACAGGAGAUGGGGUCAAGAACCUCUCAGUUCCCGUUCGCAGAGACCCGAAUGCGCCUCGACCCCCAGCACCAGUACCGAUGCUCAAGAUUGGCGACGAAACGCCAACAUCAGUAGACGAGCCACUGGUUGACGAGAUCGCGUCGUGCCUGCGAGAGUGGCAUUCCAAAUACCUACACGAACUGCUCCUUUCUCGACAGUAUGCAAAGCUCGAGAAGCUAUCACAGCUCGUGACUUCUCUGAACCUCCACCGCCAGCAAUUCCUCUACAAUGUCCUCACCGCGCACGAAUAUGAACAACUGCGAGAGAAGACGGUCUGGGACCUCGUCACGGUCAACAAGCUUUGUGGUGGCGAAGUGGUUGUGCGAGACCCCUCGGCGCGCGGUAGAGUCCUGACGGCCGAUGACUCUGUUGUCGAUGUCACCAAGCUCCAGUCGGUUAUGAGCCUACUUGAUGAACCUCCCCAUGCUGCCUCUGAACUCACGAGCUUGAACCACAUCCUGCUAGACGUUAAGGGCUUCGCGGGAAGCUCCACCGAGGAGACGACAAUUGUAGCCUACCUGGUCAGCAAGCCCCAAUACGCAAAGGGAACCAACCUCUCCGAGUGCUUCAGCAUCGAGAUACCCGCCGGCGGUUCGAUCAGCGGUCUUGCGCAGAACGCCAGCACCAGAACGCUCUUUACAGACCUUUCUGCGCAUGACAUUGGUGAUGCCCCGGCCGCCGACUCGGAGCUGUAUCUUGUUGUGAAGGUGUUGGCAUCACAGCACAUCUUCAUCCCCCAGCCUCUGUCUCGGUCCGGCACUGACAGCAGCUUCACCCGGGAACACGUCAAGACGCCUCCUGCAAGCUCAGGGAAGGCUUCUAGGAGGAGCAUGAUGUGGGGCGGCAAGGCUGCACGAACCGCCUUCUCUCGAGGAAACACAGUCAACAAGAUGGACCCCCUCUCGGAGCAGCAGGAAGGAAGAACCUCCACUGCUCGCCUGGACAGCCAAGAUGGGAGUAGCAAGCCGCCAAGCAGUGCCGGUUCCAGGAGCACGACCGCGGAUCUUCCUGAGACGGGGCAGACUGUCGAGCGUACCGUUGGCGUUGGCGUCUUGAAGCUCAACUCCAUCAUGAAGCAGUCAGAAGAGGUCGAGCAAGUGGUCACCAUCUGGUCGCCAGCGCUCGGUUACUCCCAGACCGACAGGGAUGCUGCCGAAGAAUUCGACCCGCUGAUCCGAGAGCUGAUCACCAGUACGUCCGGCCAGUAUGAGAAGUCGAGGAGCGGCGAGCGGCUGCAGGUCUCUCUCAGGAAAUUCCAGCAUCCAGAUGCCGAUGGCCUGAUCAAGGCCACGCCCACCAUCCUAUCCGGCGUAUCCAAGACGAGUAGGAUCGGCUUUGCUGCUGCACCAACCAAGCCACGGUCGGACAUAUAUCUCACGCUCAACAUUGCCGCUUUGGCAAAGCAGCACAUGAUAUCCCGAUAUGCGGGCAGCGCAAUCAAUCUGCCCAGUACGGUCAGCGGGGCGAACUUGCAACUCACGCUGGAGGUCCGCCAGUCCUCCGGCGAACGCUUCGAGAGAUGCAUAUUUACGUCUUCCAAUACCGAGGCCCUUACCACGUUCAAGUCCUGUGCCGUCGAGAGGGGCGAAGCCUGGAACCAGACGCUCCGGCUGUCGCUGCAGCCAAGCGACGUAAUGAAUGCUCACGUCGUCAUGUACUUGUCGGAUAUGCCAAACCCCCCAUUUGCCAUGGCGCACAUGCCCUUGUGGGAGGGCCAAGCCUUCAUUCGCGAUGGACCUCAUGGGCUCCUGCUCUAUAAGAUAGACGAAUUCACCUCGACUGCGCAGGCCGGUCCGUCAGGAAAGGGUGGCUAUCUCGCCGUCCCGUGGGCGCCUCGAGGCAAAGACGACCGUUCGGUCGAUGUGACUGGGCCGCUUGCCGUGAUGAUGGUAGAUACCUACCUGUGCAGCACGAGGUUUUCUCAGGACAGGAUUAUCUUAGGACUUCUCAAGUGGAAAGAUUUGCCCAAAGACGAGAUACCCGCUAUUCUGAAACAAGUUGUUUUUGUCUCAGAAAUCGAAGUCGUGAAGCUCCUCAGCGACGUGCUGGACGGGCUCUUUGGAAUCCUUGUGGAGUACUCCGGGAACGACGAAUACGAAGAUCUGGUGUUCACGGCCUUGGUUAGAGUGCUCGGAAUCGUACACGAUCGACGGUUCAACCUAGCCCCCCUUGUGGACCAUUAUGCGGAAACUCAGUUCAACUACCCGUUUGCUACCCCUUGUCUGAUACAGUCCUUCAUCCGGCUGCUCAAACGUCACGCAGAGCCCGAGACAGCCCGCAAGCUGCGUGCGACCUUCAAGGUUGUGAGACAUAUCCUCAAGUUCAUCACGCAGUCUCGAGGGCAGCAAAAGGUGAAGGAGGCGGAGAUAGGAAUCCAGUCCUCUGCUCAGGGGCUCACCAGGAACCUUCGAAGCAUCUUCAAAGCACUCGAUGCGAUGAUGAGAAAGUCGGCACCGGCACUUGUCGGCAACCAGACGCUGGCGGUGCAGCAUUUUCACACCUGGCUGCCAGAGCUGACGGGCCUCUUGACGACGGAGGAGAUUUUGCACAUCGCCAUUGACUUCAUGGACUCGUGCAAAGACGUCAAGGGCAAGCUCGUCAUCUACAAGCUGUGUCUGAUCAUCAACUACUCUAAGCUAGACCUAUUCGCUCAUCCUGAGCAGAAAUCUGCCCUGAGUGCCAACACUGUGCGAUGGAUCUCUCCUCACUGGGGUCAUACUGAAGAGGUCAAUGAUCAGUGGCGAGAGCAGAUUCGCCUGUGUUGUUCCAUCGUCGCCUGCCAGAUCGACCAUCUGGGCCCGGAGAUCCCUGACCAUAUCCCCAAAAUUCUCGACUCAUACCUCACGAUUCUCUCCUCGCCACAGAAACCAAGAAACAAGCUCUCGCUCCUAUUUCCAUCAACAUAUCCGUUCCCUACAAAGCCGACGGCAGACGAGGUUACCUUUGAUGAAUCCCUGGCGGAAUUGUCUGCGGUGCUUUCCGCCCUGGCGAACUCUCCGUCGGGCAUGCAGCUCGAGCUGGCCGCCGAGGACGACCUGACGACCCUCUUGGAGAAUCUGCUCAGAGUGCAAAUGAGCAUUUUGAGUGGCGAGGCGUUUCCAAACGGAUGGCUGAGUGUGCAUAUUUACCACCACAAGUCGACGAUGCGCAUCCUGCAGUAUCUCGCCGGCAUCCUCCUGGAAUCCUGUCUACCGGACCCUGAUGAGGCAGAAUCAUUCAACACCGAGCUCUGGAAGAUGUUCUUCACAACCCUGCUGAAGCUUGUGGGGAGUCCCUCGCUUGCUCUGGAGACGUUCCCUGAACAGAAGAGAAGGGCUGUCUGGAAGAUUGCUGGCGAUGUGCGAGAACACGGAGCGGAUCUGUUGAGAAGCAUGUGGGAGGCUAUCGGCUGGGAAACCACGCCAGAGGAGCGUGAAAAGUACGGCCUCACGAAUAUUGGUGGCUAUCAGGUGCAAUACGUACCAACUCUGGUUGGCCCUAUUGUAGAGCUUUGCUUGAGCGUUCACGAAGGCCUCCGCAGAAUGGCGGUGGAGGUUUUGCAGACCAUGAUUGUCAGUGAGUGGACUUUGAGCGAGGACUUGUCUGUGAUUCAGACGGAGCUCAUUGACUCACUGGACACCUACUUCAAAUCGAACCCCCUGACGGAGAGCACUCUCCAGAAGCUGUUCAUCGCGGAGCUGCUUGAACGAUUCCAGCCUCUCUCCAAGAUUGCUGACGAGCCCCUCUACGCGGCUGUGUGUGAACUUGUCGCUACUUUGGACGAGUUCCUAGAUUUGCUGGUAGCCGUACACAGUGGUGGUGAUGGUAACGGCGAAGCCUCCAACAUCAUAAACCGACUUCGGCUCAUGGAGUUCUUGCGUGACAUGCAGAAGGAGGAUAUCUUCAUCCGCUAUGUCCAUCAGCUGGCCAAGUUGCAGGCCGAGUCAAGGAACCACACCGAGGCUGGCCUGGCGCUUCGUCUGCAUGCGGAUCUCUAUGAAUGGGAUCCAAUUGGGCAUGUUCCGGCAUUGGCCGAACCGGAAUUCCCGGCGCAGUCUCCAUUCGAGCGCAAGGAGAAGAUCUAUUUCGAGAUGAUCAAGCAUUUCGAGGAUGGAGAAUCGUGGAGCAAUGCCUUGACAGCGUACAAGGAGCUCCAAGUACAGUACGAGACUAACGUGUACGACUUUGCCAAGCUGGCCAGGACCGGGCGAGCGAUCGCAACGAUUUAUGAGAGCAUUUCCAAGAGCGAGAAAGUUACGCCCAAAUACUACAAGGUGGCCUACAAGGGCCUUGGAUUCGCUACUUCUAUACGCGACAAGGAGUUUGUCUAUGAAGGCUCUCCGUCUGAGCGCGCCUCGGCCUUUACAGACCGCAUACAGGAGCAAUACCCAUCGGCUCAGAUCAUAACGGGCGGCGACGUUGACGAGAUGGAGGGCCAAUUCUUGGUUGUCUCGGCUUUGACGCCGCAUCGGGAUCUUUCUCAUCAGGUCUACCAGAGAGUUCGGGUGCCUCACAUUGUCCGAGACUUUUUACUGUCAUCCCAUCCCCAGGUCUUCUCCGUGACAACCAAGAGAAAUACUUCAGGACCAGUGCAAGAGCAUUACGCGGAGAAACUGGUUUUCACGACUGCUGAGCCUUUUCCCACCCUUCUUCGUCGAAGCGAGAUUAUCGAAACCCGCGAGGUCAGGCUCAAUGCCCAUGAAACUGCCCUGGAACGCAUUUCCAGAAAGACUCAGGAGAUGACGCUGCUGGAACGUCGAUUGGCUGAGGGCGAUGACUCGGUUGCUCAGCAGCUUGUUGACGCCGUCACCGUCUCUGUCAGCCCAGCUUCAGAAAAUAGCGUUGUGCAAUAUCGCAAACUGCUCCCCGAAACGACAAGCAGCGAAGAGGAAGAGGAUGAGACGGACUCUGACGAGGAGGGAGAUGACGAGGUUCAGCUCGACCCUCAAGAGACCGCAAUCAAGAUGACUUUGGUGGACCACGCCAUGAUGCUCAAGAGAUGCUUGGCACUCAUUUCUCGAAAUAAGAACCAAGCUAUUUCCCGAGCAUACUCGGAGCUUCAAGGCUACUUUGAGGCAACUUUUGCACCUGAAAUUGCCAUCUUCGCGCCCCGGCAACCAGUCUUGCAGCCCAUCUCAACACCGUCCCCUACCUGGAGAGGCUCAACACCAGGCGGCGAUAAGGGCCCGCAGUGGACGAGCAUUGCCGUUCCGGUGAGCGGGGUGAAGGCUGAAGAAGCGACGGUGAUUCGACAGAUUACGCCUCGGCAACGCGGCGCGCGGUUGAGUUUCUUGGGCGGCCGAAAGAAGGAGCUGGAUGGCCAGGAGGCCGCUGAUGACGCCAACAGCAACUCAGGCGAUGUGAAGAUGCACAUGCGUGGCCUCAGCAAGGAUGCUGCUCUCCUCAAGCUUGCCCAAGACAGGCCGUCCUUGGAUGAGCCUGAGGCCAAGAAGAAGCACAGCGUGAGGAAGAGGUUCAGCUUGCUGAAGCUAGGCAUGAAGACUCACAAGACUGGAGGGGUGAUGGAAAACCUAGACGAGGAGCAGUAG